UUCUUCCCAUCAACCAAACCAAUAAUUUUUUUUUAACUUCACCCCCCCAAAAAAACUAACUUUUAAAAAUGGGAAUCCCAAACAAACCAUUGUUGUUGUUCCUCCUAAUCAUCACUAUCACCUUCUCUUCUCUUCUCACACUCUCCACCUCCCAUUCUUCCCCUUCCCCAUCCCCAUCCUCCACCGCAGAUGACGACGAAGAAACCACCGCAUCACCAUCAUCUUCCACCGGAGAAGAACAAGAGGAAGAAGAGGAAGAAACAGACGCUACUGAUUCCUCUCCAUCUCAAUCUCCUCUGUCGUCGUUGUUUGGAUCCCCCAGCCCGUCUCCCGAACCUGCGCUGAGAUUCUCCUCCAAGUUUCACCGCCGGAUGCAAGAGACCGCGGAGUCCCCGGCGGCGGCCGACCGCUCGUCGAAGCUGGUGGCCCAGCUCUGCGCCGGGACGGAGAACCCGGCCAGGUGCACGGCGUACUUCCACUACUCCAAGUCCGACGACGCGGCGCAGAUCAUCGACGCGGAGCUCGGCACGCUGAACACGCUGCUCAUUGAAGCCAAGUCCGCCGCCGUCAGGGCCCAACAUCAGGGCCGGGCCUCCCCUGACGUGGCCCAUGGGCUCGACGUGUGCGUGGAGAAUUACGACAAGGCCAAUGCCAACCUGGACAGGGCGUCCGUCGCGUGCGCCAAGUGCAUGGGCCCCAACAAGGCGACGGAGUGCACGGCGAAGGAGGUCGGGGAGGUGAAGACGAUGCUGAGCGCCGUCAUUAGCAACAUCGGGUUCUGCGACGAGGCCUUCGACGGCCAAGGAUUGCCCCGGCCGCCGACCAAGGAAAUUAACGAGGCCGUGGUUGAGCUGGCUGACUGGUUGUUGGAGUUCUCCAAGAAAUUGGAUGAAUGAUCCGUUUUCCAUCACCUGGUGGUCUCCCUAUUUUUCGUGAUGCUUUAAUAGAUUAGAUAUACAUAAUUGAGCAUGUUUCGAUCUGAUUUCAUGUAUGAUGAUCGUUAUUAAAAUAUAUACAUAUACGGUUUUUUUUUCAUGAUAUUAUUAGUAUACGAAUACAUGUCGGCCAUCGGGCAAUUUUGUAGACAGGUUGUUUCAAUAGAUGAUAUAUUCGCAUUUCAAGUUAGUUGAUUGUCGGAUAUGUUUUUUUUUUUUUUGUAUUUUGGUAAAUUUUAAUUGUCAAUUAUUUUAUUUUGAUUAGAUCCAUCUUCGAAUCGGGAUUUAGAAAAUCGUAAAUAAGAAUUUAUUCAUUAA